AUGGCCGCGGACAACGAGGAACACGAGGGCGCCUCCGUCAAGGAGCUUCUCAUCGAGGCCUGCCGGCGCAACAACACCGACCUCUUCAACGAGGUCGUCGCCGACAUCAAGGACGAGGAUGAGCUCUCCCGCAUCCUCAACGAGACCACUACUGUCAUGGGCAACCACCUCUACCACGAAGCCGCUUCGCGGGGUAACUACGAAAUAAUCGACCUCCUCCUAGAUCAACCAAACUUCGAAUGCGACCCCGUCAAUCGCCUCGAGGGUGACACCCCCCUGCAUACCGCCAUCCGCUGGAUCAACUCGGAACCCCCGGCCCAGCGCGAGUUCGGCAACGCCCUCGUCGAGAUGAUGCUCGAGGCCGGCUCCAACCCGCGCGUCAAGAACAAGGGCGGCCUGACGGCCGUACAGCUCGUCGACCCCCGCAACACCGGCCUCCGCGACCUCAUCCAGAAGCACGAGUACGCCUCCCUCAACGCUGGCGACUUCAUCAGCGUCGGCUCCUCCUCGGCCGCGCCCAGCACCAAGGCCCCUGCCGUCCCCAACGCCGCCGCACCCCCCGUGCCGACCGCCCCCGCGCCGGGCUACGUCGACGACGAGAGCGACGAGGACGCUGAGUUUAGCGGGAGCGAUGACGAGGAGCGCGCCGAGUGGGAGCGGAGACGGAAGGAGCGCGCCGCGCGCAAGGGCUGA